AUGUUGAACAAAAUAUCCAUUGUGGAACUGAAACUGUUCUUCACGACCAGUGUAAUGUCGUUUCAACAGUUCAUCAUCGGUGGGGUGUUCGGAUUUACAGCCGUCAUACUACCGCAGCUCGAACUGUCCGACGCUAUCGUCAAAGUCGACUCUGACCAAGCGUCCUGGAUAGCAAGUCUUCCGCUCCUGCUGUGCCCCAUCGGUUCGCUGGUGUUCGGAUAUUUGUCCGACAGGUUCGGCCGGAAGUUAUCGCUACAGCUUACGUACGUACCCCUGCUAAUCAGCUGGUCACUGCUCAGCAACGCCGAGAGCUUGAAUGACAUUUAUAUCGGCAGACUGUUGACCGGACUGGCUACCGGUACCGGAGGCGUGAUCUACGUGUACAUAGCCGAGACGAGCCCGACAGACAGUCGGCCCUUUUUCCUGUUGAUCUACACACUGUUCGUAGGAUUGGGCCUUAUGACAUCUGCGAUCUUGGGCGCGCUGUUCCACUGGCACACGGUAGCAGCCGUGUACGCCGUGAUGUGCGCGAUCGGUUUCAUCGCUCCGUUCUUCGUGCCUUCCACUCCGAUGUGGCUGCGGUCCCGGAAGCGGGAAGAGGAGGCCCGACUGGCCGAGAAGUGGUUCGGGUUCCAGCUGGACCGCACCGACGACCUACCAACGCUGCCACCGCCCCCUUGCGCGGCUGCGGCCAUGGCCACCUUGACUCGGGCCGACUCGACGGUUGGUGCGAUCAUGGACACGAACGUGAGUUGCUGGGGCACGUACACCUCACCCACCGUCUGGAAGCCCACGCUCGCCUCACUCGCGUUCUUCUGCUGCCAACAAGCGUCCGGGUUCUACGUGCUGCUGUUCUACUCGGUGGACGUGAUGCGUGACUGCCGCGUGUCCAUCGACGGCAUGACUGCCGCCGUGUACCUGUGCGCCGCCCGACUGGCCGGGACCAUCGUCAGCCUCGUGUUUCAAUCGGCGCGCAAGCGCACGCUAACUACCGUCUCGGGGCUGGGCAUGUGCGUGUCCAUGUCCACCGUUGUCGGUUACCUGUACGCUUUCAACGGCGUGUCCUCCCCGCCGGCCACCGACUUGCUGAUCGUGCCGUUCAUGUUCUACGUGUUCUUCGCCAUGUUCGCCGUGCUGCCGUUACCAUGGAGCGCGUGCGGUGAGAUGUUCCCGAUGGCCGUCAAGGGCACCAUGAACGGCGUGAUGUACUCGUGCGGUUACGAGCUCAUGUUCGGCGCCAUAAAGGUGUACCCGAUGAUGGUGGACAUGUUUGGCAUCCGGGCCGUAUGGACAGCUUGCGCGUGCACGUGCUUCAUCACCUCACUGUUCGGCGCGUUCGUCCUGCCCGAGACCACUGGCAAGACGCUAAACGAGAUUACCGACGGGUUCAGGUCGUCCAGCGACAAGGCCCGCAAGAAGAUAGUCAAGCCUCAAAUACCUUAG